CAAAGGGCUGUGCGCCUGUCGACAGUGCAUGACGGAGCUGGAGGACGACCCCUGGUUUGUCGAGCGCUUCAAUCAGUCCAUCCACCCUCUGAUGACCAGGGAGAACAGUGUCCUCGCCGACGAAACCUUUAAAUGGUGGCAGGUAAGAUUCUCAGGAUGUGUUUCGGGGGAUUUGCGAUGCUUUGCUACAGAGGAUUGAAAGGAAAAACAUGCACAUUCAGCUCCUGAGAGGUGCCGAAAAGAAAGAUCAUGAAUAAAGAACGGAGAUCACGCACUGCUGUAAUGCUACCAGGAAAUGCUUGUUUCUGCCACAUUGAUUGUUUCAAAUCCAAGCGAUCCUCACCAGGAUCAAGUUGUGAAGCAAACUCCCACGCACAAUUUGUUCACAUUUAGCAAGUGAGCUGGCGGAUAUGUAUGGAAGCAAAUCUGUGCCAUCGGAGUAUGAAUUUGAAUUUUUAGCACUGAAUUUUUUUGCAUUGAAUUUCUGGCACUGAAUUUUUUUUUGCAUCGAAAUCAGACUAUGAAUUUUAAAAGUCAUCGAAUUUCAAGCAUUGAAUUUUAUUUGAUUCUGAUUUUUUCCAAUGUCUAAAACAAUUCAGUGUAAAAACAAAUUCAAUGUCUCAAAAAAUUCAGUGUUGAAAAUUCAGUGUCUCCAAAGAUUCAUUGUCAAAAAUUCAGUGUCAAAAAUUCAGUGUCAAAAAUUCAGAGUAACAAAACAGAAGCAAUCGAUCCCUGAAUCAAAUCGUUGAACAACCAGCCAAUCACGUUACGCUCCACCUGUGACCUGUGACCCCGAAACAGAGAGCAGUGAAGCUCACUCAGCUAUGGCAACAGCAGGCAGAAACGACGGCCCUUCGGUGAGUGUAUUUACUCAUUAUUUACCAUUUUUGUUCAAAAAAAUUCAGUAACAGAUAUUACCGGACUCGUUGCACAUUAACAGAAGUUCUUGAGCAGUAUCUGCACAGAACGUAUUAUGAGUUGGCGUCCGUUAAAACGGUUGGCAAUUAGCUAACGGUAUGUUUGCAUGGGUUACUGCUAGUAAUGUCACUCACAGUUCUGUGGCAGCGAGUAUCUGACAAGAAAUAUUUGACUGACAGUACAUUUAACAGUUGCUUUACCCAAAACAGUUUUAAAAAUAGUACAAAUGGACAGCAAAUCAUGUAGCUGUCAUCAAACUCAUUGCUUGUCAUUAUCGUUCCGCUGUUUAAACCCUCUUUGUGCCGCUGGCUUGUAGAUCCUUAUUUUUUGGUGCUCUAUUUGUGAUGACAGGAUAGUCAGGCUGACCUUGUGCAGUCAGCCAGGCACUUAUUGCAGCUAAUAAGUUCGUCUGAGAGGGGCUCAGCCAGUGGUGGCGCAACAAAUCAAGAUUUGAGGUUUAGUGUUAAACUUCAGUUCAUGUACAUAUGGCUUGAUUUACUGCUUGAUCUGUUGCAGAUGUAUUGAUGAUUAAUGAAUAUUUUUUGGAUACAAUCCUGCAGAGAACAGAGACAGACAGAGAGACCACCACUUCAAAUGGAAAUGACCAGAUCCUUCCCAGGUCUUUUUAACAAGGGCAGAGGGAAGAGGUGCUUUCCUGCAGCAAAUCUUGUUCCUGCCAAGAGACUUAAACCACUUGAUGUGGCCUUCUAUUUGUUGCCGAAGCAGUGUGAAAAAACCCCAAAAGAGCAGGAGCAAAUAGUCCAUAUGCAUGCAGGAUUGGGCCGCCGGACUGCUCAUCUAGAUGAAAACACAACACAUGAAGAGUUAUGUGAUGCCCUCAAAGUUCUAUUUCCAAAAUUGGGGGAUGUUACUGGUGGGUGGCUGCUAUACAAAUCUGCAGCUUGAAGGGAGAUCCAUACUGUCAGAUAAGGAUAAACAGCUCGUCCAGGACUUGGCCCUUGCCUGGGACCUCCCUUCCCCAACUGAGAAAAACAGGAGAUGGCUUUUUGAGAAGCUACUGAUCCAUGCUGUAGUUGGACGUGUCACAAGGCAAAUUAAGCAGCUGAGACGAGGUCUUAAAGAAACCCCAAUGUGGGCACUGGUGACCCAGAGACCUGACACAGUGGCCUUGCUUUUCCCUAAAGAGGGAGCAGGACAUUUCAGCCCUGAGGUACUUCUUCAGCGACUCACAUGGCCUCAUGAGGAUAGCGACGAUGAUGAUGAGUGUUCAGUUGACACCAAAUGCUGCAUAUUAGGCUAUCUUCGACAGUUCAUUGCUAAUGCAACACCAACUGAACUGACCAACCUGGUCAAAUUCUGGACCGGAUGGGAGAUUCUACCACCAAGUCUCUCUGUAGAAGUGGUCAAGAGCAGAUACCCCACAGCCUCCACCUGCUUUGAGACCUUGCGCAUCCCAGGGCACUACAAGGAUUACACAUCUUUUAAACAUGACAUCCUGGCCUGUAUUUCCACUUGCCAUACAGGAUUUGGUCUUGUGUGAGUGUCAUGUGGCCUGCAUUUACCCUUGUCAGACAAGAUUUGUUCAGUGUUUGUUUUUAAGCUUGUUAGUUAUUCUGUUAAAUUAUGGUUUUAACAUUUGUAAAACUGAAGGGAACUAGCCCAAGGAAGUACUUCACAAAUCUUCCUUGUAAACUAUCUCUUUAAGCAUUCAAGAAGUUCUUAUUGCAUACUGAAUUUAUUUCCACACUGUUACUGAGAGUCCUUUGCAAUAGUACAAACAUGUCAAUCUCAGGUUUCACAUAAAAAAUGUGGUAUAUCUUACGUUUUUGCAGUUUAACAUGUUCCUUGUCAACAGUCUCUCUCUCUGUACUGAUAUCAUUCACACAAGUGAAUUAAAAGGGAAUGAAAGCCA